UCUUGUUACAGUGGUGUGAGCACAAGACAGAGUUUGUAGAGGAGUUUUCUUUGAUUUCACCUGUCUGAGGAGAUUACUUAAUCACUCACGCACUGGAUUUCAACCACCUGAUCUGAGCGCAGUGGGAGGACAGAGCGUUUGAACAGAAGAGGCAGAGUGAACGAGAGAAAAGCCAGACAUGGAGACGUUCAGCUCCAAGGACAUAGCGCUCAAGGUCCAGAAAAAGAUCCUGAGCCAAAUGGCCAGCAAGUCUGUGGUGCAGAGGUUCAUCGAUGAUACCAGCAGCGAGAUUCUAGAUGAGCUUUACCGGGUGUCAAAAGAGUACACUGGGAACCGCUCAGAGGCCCAGAAAGUUGUGAAGAACCUCAUUAAAGUGGUGGUGAAGAUAGCUAUGCUUUUCAAGCACAAUCGAUUCAAUGAGGAGGAGCUAAAGCUGGCCCAGAAUUUCCAAAAGAAAUUGCACCAGGGAGCCAUGACAGCCAUCAGCUUCCACGAGGUAGAUUUCACAUUUGAUAAAGCGGUUAUGUCAGAGAUCCUGAAAGAAAGUAGGGACAUGCUUCUGAAGCUUGUAAACACUCACCUCACACCAAAAUCCCACGGACGCAUCAACCACGUCUUCAACCAUUAUGCUGACCCUGAGCUCCUCACCCAGCUUUACAACCCAUCCGGGCCUCUCAAACCCCACCUCACCAAAAUCUGCAAUGGGCUUGACAAACUGCUGGAGGAUGGGAGGUUAUGAGGACGGCGAAGCACUGAAAGACUUUUACAGGACUGGCAUGGAGGACCACUCGUAAUCUCAGACUGCAUACAGUGCAACCAAAGAGGCAGAAAGUGACUAACUGAAAGCAACACACUUCAGUUCAACUUUUGAAAUAGUGUUGCUGGGCUGUUAAU